CUUACCGAAACAAAAAGAGGAUAGCGUUAAAAAGUAGUCGGUUUAUACAAGCUCUCGACAAAGACAUUGGAUUCAUUGCUGAAUUUUGCACUGUAAAGGAAAUCAUGCAGAAAGUCUGGGCACUUUAAGUGUUAACGCAACCUUGUUUUCUCAAACAAUGUCAUCGAGCACGGAAAGCCUUCCCAAUCAAUCUCCAAAAAUACCUUUGGACAGCGAAGGAAAACCUCUUAAACCCUGUUGUGCAUGUCCAGAAACACGUCUCAAGCGUGAUCAGUGCGUUCUAAUGUAUGGCGAAGAAAUGUGUGCAGAUGUGAUCAUGGAGCAUAAAGAAUGUUUGAGAAAACUUGGUUUUGCUGUGUAAUGUAAUCAGAUCUCUUAAAAUAUAAUUAGUUCAUCAUUUCUUCUUUCUGAUCGCUGGCUCUGGUUUAUUGUUACUAACUACUUUUUAUUUUAGGAUUCUUCUGAUCAAAAGCCCAC